GGGCUUGGCACUGGGUGGCGACGAGAUGGCUAAACGCACCAAGAAGGUCGGAAUCGUGGGUAAAUAUGGGACCCGUUAUGGUGCCUCCCUCAGGAAAAUGGUGAAGAAAAUUGAAAUCAGCCAGCAUGCCAAGUACACUUGCUCCUUCUGUGGCAAAACCAAGAUGAAGAGACGAGCUGUGGGAAUCUGGCACUGUGGUUCCUGUAUGAAAACGGUGGCUGGGGGUGCCUGGACCUACAACACCACCUCCGCAGUUACAGUAAAGUCUGCCAUCAGAAGACUGAAGGAACUGAAAGACCAGUAGAAACUCCACCACCUGAACCUGUCUAGCCUGUAAUAAAUGGGUUAAUUUAUAUAACAA